GCAAUGAUGCAAAUCAACAUUUUCAAAAAAUUAGUGCGACCACAUAAAUCGAUUCCAAAUCCCCUAUCGGUUAUUUCAAAGAUUAAUAGCAUUCUUCAGUUAAAGAAAAUGUCGGUCAAUGUUAGUCUCGACUCAUACGACAGAGAGCAGGUGAAAUUGAUGGAGGAAAUGUGCAUUCUUGUAGACGAGAAUGAUCGAAGAAUCGGUGCUGAUUCGAAGAAGAAUUGUCAUCUAAUGGCAAAUAUAAAUAAGGGGCUCCUUCAUCGUGCCUUUUCUGUUUUCCUUUUCAAUUCCGAAAAUAAAUUAUUGUUGCAACAACGGUCUGAUGAUAAAAUUACAUUUCCUGGCUUAUGGACAAACACUUGCUGUUCGCAUCCUUUGAAUACCCCACUUGAAUUGAAAGAAGAUGAUCAAAUUGGUGUUCGCCGUGCAGCUCAAAGAAAAUUAAAUCAUGAGCUGGGUAUUAAUUAUGAACAAGUGCCUCUUGACAAUUUUUCAUUUUUGACCAGAAUUCAUUACUUGGCGCCUUCUGAUGGAAUUUGGGGUGAACACGAAGUUGAUUACGUUCUCAUAAUUCGAGCUAACGUCGAUCUCGAAGUUAACGAAAACGAAGUCAAGGCUGUGGAAUAUUUAUCUUUGGAAGACUUACGAAAAAGAUUUAAUAAUCCCGGCGAGAUGUGCAAAGAACUUUCGGACAAAGAACUGUUUGGUUCUAAUGAAAAUUCCGAUUUUUCCGAGUCAGAACCUGAAUUUCUUGAUACAUCUAUUUCCAAUGAUACAAAUUCUCUGUUCGUAGAACCACCACAAUCACCCUUUCAUAGAACCACCUUUCAAGAAAUUCCGGGGUUAGUGCUUUAUAAACAAUUUUUACCUCAAGAACAACAAGAUGAACUUGUCGAUGGAAUCAUUGCCGCAAAUUAUUUUAACACCCAAGAAUCGAAUCAAGCAAUGUGCUUUGGUGACUUACCUCCUUUCAUAAUAAAAGUU